CGAGGAGCAGAGCACUGCCUGCUUCAGACAAUCACAUUGACUCCGUCUCCCUCUCUCUCUCUCUCUCUCUCUCUCUCUCAAUAUUUACUUCUCCAUUUUCGUUUUUCUCCAAUCUCUUCACUGCUCUCUGUUCCAUACCCUACUCCUCUCUUCGUCUCUGUGUCUCGCUUCAUUUCUCGCUUUGCUUCGAAGAGAGAAGAGAGAAUAGGCAGGGGAGCUCUGUUUCCAUGGCGAUGCGGACGGCCAUCUCCAGCAGGAUCCUCUCCCGGGCCGCCCUUCCCGGAGCUCGGUCCAUGUCCUCCUGGUGGCGCAGCGUCGAGCCCGCUCCCAAGGACCCGAUACUCGGCGUCACUGAGGCCUUCCUCGCCGAUCCCAGCCCCGAUAAAGUGAAUGUCGGCGUCGGGGCGUAUCGAGAUGAUAAUGGAAAGCCGGUUGUUCUCGAAUGUGUUAGAGAAGCUGAAAGAAGAAUCGCUGGUAACUUGAAGAUGGAAUAUCUCCCGAUGGGCGGUAGCGUGAAUAUGGUGCAAGAAACACUGAAGCUAGCUUAUGGGGAGAACUCCGAGUUCAUCAAGGACAAAAGAAUAGCAGCAGUGCAAUCUCUCUCAGGGACUGGUGCAUGUCGACUUUUUGCGGAUUUUCAGAAGCGAUUUCGUCCUGAUUCCCAAAUAUAUAUACCAGUGCCGACCUGGGCAAACCACCAUAAUAUCUGGAGAGAUGCUCAGGUUCCACAGCGGUCAUAUCAUUACUAUCUUCCAGAGACAAGGGGGUUAGAUUUUGCGGCAUUGAUGGAUGAUGUGAAGAACGCUCCCGACGGCUCUUUCUUUUUACUGCAUGCUUGUGCUCAUAAUCCUACUGGGGUGGAUCCCACAGAAGUGCAAUGGAGAGAAAUCUCAUAUCAAUUUAAGGUCAAAGGUCAUUUUGCCUUUUUUGAUAUGGCAUAUCAAGGUUUUGCUAGUGGCGAUCCAGAGAGAGAUGCAAAGUCGAUCAGAAUUUUCCUCAAUGACGGCCAUUUUAUAGGAAUUUCCCAAUCGUAUGCCAAAAAUAUGGGUCUCUAUGGACAGAGGGUGGGAUGCCUCAGUGUGCUAUGUGAAGAUGAAAAGCAAGCCGUGGCAGUCAAAAGCCAAUUGCAGCAGCUUGCAAGACGAAUGUACAGUAACCCUCCUCUCCAUGGUGCGCUCAUUGUUUCCACUAUUCUUGGGGAUCCAGACUUGAAGAAAUUGUGGCUCAAGGAAGUGAAGGUGAUGGCUGAUCGGAUCAUUGGGAUGCGGACUGCCCUGAGAGAGAGCCUUGAAAAGCGGGGUUCAACCUUAUCAUGGCGGCACAUUACUGAUCAGAUUGGCAUGUUCUGCUACAGCGGUUUGACUCCUGAACAAGUUGAUCGCUUGACGAACGAAUAUCACAUUUACAUGACUCGUAAUGGCCGUAUCAGUAUGGCUGGAGUCACAACAGGAAAUGUCGGCUAUCUAGCAAAUGCGAUCCAUGAGGUCACAAAAUCUGCUUAGAGGCUCGUUAUUCAACUAUACCUAUUUAAUGAGGUAUGAAAUUGUGGCACGGCAUCGAGAACUUUAUCAUUUGCUCUAUUUAUAUGGGCUUCAUGAGACUAGAGUAAAGACGUGAAUAAUGGGCAUCAUCAUAAUUCUUGUCUGCUCCAAGUUUAUGAUGUUUCUUUCAGGGUCAUUGGAGACGGUGUUUGUUGGAGCAAAAUUUGAUAUCAUGCUGAGAAUAUCUUGUGAGGAAACUCUCGGAUUAGUUUUUUAAAAAAUGAGAAUAAAGAAGCAGGCCAUUCUUGUUAUUGUUCUUUUGGAGGUGAUGAGAGUAGAUGUUGUUGCUGGCAAAGGGACCGGUUUCCAUCUUGGUUGCUUGUAUGCUCAAUCAAGAACCAUGAGAUUUAACUGCUUUGA